AUGAUGUCGAGAAGCCAGUCGAGCCUCGGCCAUUUGGACUCCUUCAGAGAUGAACAUCCUCACUCUGGAGUGUCUCCAGGGACUCCGGCUCCAAAUUCGUCUUCCAACCCUGUCAAUCUGUCGGGUCUUGUGUGCAAUGUCCGCCGCACCUCCGGCCGCGAACCCCCUCCUCUUGUUGGAGCAACUACAACCGUCCUGGGCGACAAGAUCUAUAUCUUCGGUGGCCGUAUCCUAUCAAAAUCUCGCCCCCAUCUGACGUCGGACAUAUACGAGCUGGACUUGAUUCGGCGUCACUGGUCGAGAAUCGAAGCCUCUGGCGAUAUUCCCCGCCCCCGAUAUUUCCACAGUGUUUGCGCUCUCGGUGACAAUAAGCUAGUGUGCUAUGGUGGAAUGUCGCCUAUUCCAGACUCGGCAAACAAUGGUGGACAUGACUCUCAGCCGGAGGUAGUCGUGAUGUCUGAUAUUCACAUCUUUGAUGUCCCAACUCGGUCCUGGACUCGCGUGAAUACCCUUGACUCUCCUCAAGGGCGAUACGCGCACUGCGCAACUAUCAUUCCUUCUAGCGCUUAUUUCACCUCUGCGAGUGCUCCGCUCUCGGCAAUUCAUCACAAUCCAGCUUCUUCCAACCCUCACCAGGGCUCGAUCGGUGUGGAUAUUGAUGGCUUUGGUGGAGCCGAAAUGGUGGUAGUAGGUGGCCAAGAUAGCACCAACCACUAUAUUGAGCAGAUCAGCGUAUUCAACCUCCGAAGUUUGAAGUGGACAAACACAAGUCCUUUGGGAAGAAGCUGUGGCGCUUAUAGGAGCGUAGCUGCACCAUUGACUGGUAUAAAGCUGUCUGACAUUGGGAGCACGUCUGCCGAGAGAGAUGCACCUGAGCCUACAGAAGAUUCGAGUGCUACAGGUUGCCCAAUGUUGAUUUACUCUAACUACAACUUCCUGGACGUCAAACUCGAGCUUCAAAUACGACUGCCGGAUGGUCGUCUUGUUGAGAAGCCUAUGCCGAGCCAGGCAUCCCCACCGGGUCUGCGAUUCCCCAACGGGGCAGUCAUUAACGGGCACUUUGUGGUGAGCGGUACCUACCUUACCUCUUCGAAGCAAGAAUACGCGCUCUGGGCGUUAGACUUGAAGAGUCUCACCUGGGGCCGUAUCGACGCUGGUGGGUCAGUGUUUGGGCAUGGCAGCUGGAACCGCGGUGUACUGUGGGCGAGGCGGAAUACAUUUGUCAUUCUUGGGAAUCGCAAGCGUAAUCUCGUCGAGGACUACAACCACCGUCGUCUCAACUUCACUCAUCUAUGUAUGGUUGAGCUCGAGGCAUUCGGACUCUAUAACAAUCCUUGUAGAACCUCCCCGACGUCUGCAUACAGCUCGCACAGUGCACCUGCUGUCCCUGCAUCUCUCCAUCACAAGUUAUCCCAAGUUACAUCCGGUGGUCGACCUUUCUCCGCUGCAUCUUCUGAGCUAGGGCGUCUUGCACAGACAGUUUUUGAAAUGGCCGAUAUGGAGUUGCAAGCGGCAGGGGGGGAGCGGAUUUCCGUGAAUUCACGGAUCCUUAGUCGAAGAUGGGGCCCGUACUUCAUCCAACUCCUCCGCGAGUCGUCUGAUAGCUCAACAUCAGAUUCAGCGACUCUGCGGCCUUCGUUGCAGCCGUACCCCAGUCGCAACUCGAGUAUAACAAUCACACCAUCAUUAGACCACGGUAGCACUUACUCCAACGCCACAACCCUCGCCAGCAACGGCAACAACCCUUCAAAGUCCCUCUUAGCCAACCUCGAAUUACCCUCCGCCCACACCUUACCCCCCACCUCGCGACCUCGCGUAUUAUACUUACCACACACCGUCCUUACCAUUCAAGUUCUUGUUUUCUAUCUCUAUACCUCGUCCCUCCCGCCGGUCGGAUCUCCACUCUGCACUCCUCAGAUCCUCUGCUCUUUGCUUCAGAUCGCCCGACCAUACCAGGUAGAUGGCCUCCUAGAAGCCGCAGUGGAACGACUGCACCAGGUCCUAGAUGGCCGAAACGCCGCUGCUGUUUUCAACGCGGCAGCCAUGGCUGCUGGGGGUGGUAGGGGCACCGGAUUCAUCAGCGGACCCGGUGGCACUCUGGAGGCCCUUAACGGCGCUCACGCCGCUAGCGAACUCGCCAACGCGGCUGCUUCCAUGUCACUUAAUGAUAGUCGUUUGAACUCCGACUCCUCCGACACCGAACACGGCACCUCCAGCCAAUCUGUUGCAAGCAGCAGUGCUGGGGGCUCCCGCGGCGUUCCUCUCCGCAUCAACACCAACGUCUUCAGCCGUCGCCAGAGACGUGAUCGUGACGACUCCGUUAGUAACGCAAGCACCUCUUCCGCCUCAGCCACUAGUUACGACCACUCUGACUCCGAGGGCCUAUCGGCUGACCCAUCCCGCGCACCUCGUCGCCGUCGUGGUACACACGCCGACAUCGAAGUCUGGACAGGAGACCUCAGUAGCGUCAUUGGGCUCCAAAAGCGUGGUCUACGCGGACUUAUGGAAGGUCGCCGAAUGAGGGAACGGAGUACGAAGCCCCCGAGCUCUGGUCAGGCUUCUGCCGCUGCGAUUCCUUUAGAUCAGGGCCCCCCUGUUGGCGGUAUAUGA